AAAAUCCAAGACUCGGUUCAAACCGGCCGGCAGCUUACAGCUGCUGGUAGACGAAGACCGGUGAAAGAAAACAAUUGCUUCAACCCCAAUUUACGAUUCCUUUCUUGCUUUUAAAUACCAUAACACCUCCUCCGACAUUACAGAAACACCUCCGGCCAUGAUUAAAUUCAUUCCUCUCUCCCUCCUCCUCCUCCUCCUUCUCCUCCCUUCCUCCGCCGCACCCACCCUCUCCAUCUCACAACAAUUCAAAGAAGCCCCACAAUUCUACAAUUCGCCGGAAUGCCCUUCAACUGACCACACCGAAGAUGGUUCAACAGUACAUGUCGCCAUGACUCUUGACGCCGCCUACAUCCGUGGAUCAAUGGCCGCCAUACUCUCCGUCCUUCAGCACUCCUCCUGCCCGGAAAACAUAAUCUUCCACUUUGUCACCUCCGCUUCUUCCAACACGUUUCUCCUACACGACACCAUUGCUAACUCUUUUCCUUAUCUAAGAUUCAACGUCUACCCUUUUGAGGAUUCAGUGGUGGCCGGACUCAUCUCCACCUCCAUACGCGCCGCCCUUGACUGCCCACUCAACUACGCCCGGAGCUACCUCGCAGACAUACUCCCUACCCAUGUCCGUAAAGUGGUGUACCUGGACUCUGACCUUGUGCUCGUCGACGACAUAGCAAAGCUUGCUGCAACUCCACUCAGAGACUCCAUUCUUGCCGCGCCGGAAUACUGCAACGCUAACUUCACCUUCUACUUUACACCUACUUUCUGGUCAAACCCAUCGCUCUCUUCAACUUUUGAUGACCGGAAACCUUGCUACUUCAAUACCGGAGUGAUGGUUAUGGACUUAGACAGGUGGCGUGACGGCGGAUACACGACAAAGAUAGAAGAAUGGAUGGAGUUGCAGAAACGUAUGAGGAUUUAUGAACUAGGUUCUUUGCCUCCAUUCUUGCUUGUUUUCGCCGGAAAGAUAGCUCCGGUGGAUCAUCGGUGGAACCAGCAUGGUCUCGGCGGGGACAAUUUUCGUGGGCUUUGUAGAGAUUUACAUCCCGGACCGGUGAGUUUAUUGCAUUGGAGUGGUAAAAGUAAGCCAUGGGUGAGACUUGAUGCGGAGAGACCAUGUCCAUUGGAUGCUCUUUGGGCACCUUAUGAUCUUUUGAAGCCUCCAUUUUCGUUUGAUUCUUGAACAAUUGAAGCUGAAAUUUGUUUAUCAAUUAUCAUGUACAACAUGAUCAAGAAUGUACAUAAACAUAUAUACAAAUGGUUCUUCGAGUAAACGUAAUUAUUACGACUGGCUGGUGGCUAGUAAGAUGAACAUUUUUGUUCAAAUACUCGAAUAAUGAUUUGUAAAUUCGUGAUUUUGUAAUUUUGUAACUAGGAAAAGAAAGGGUUCCAUAAUGUUUGUUAAAUGUGUAAUAAGAACAUGGAUUUUUCGUUUCAAAAUUUAACUUUUGUAUCCA